UGCUAGUCGUCGCCUUUGUCCAAUGGAAACAGCAGUAAGUCGCCGCACGCACUUCCUCUCUUUUCCUUCUUCGUCCUCUUCCUCUUCCUCUCACUCUCUCUCGCGCGCACGCCAAACAACGCAUUCGAUCUAUCUCGAAACCCUAGUUUCCGAAGAUCAUGAAGAAGAACCCGAAGCAGCUCACCCUCGCCGUUCCCGAUCAAGCGAUCCCCCUCGGCGAUUUCCUAACAGAGAGUGGGACAUUCCUGGAUGGGAAUAUGCGAGUGAAUAAGAAUGGAUUGCAAUUAAUUUCGCAAGAGAAUGUAACUCGGCCGAUGGAUGUUAAAGGAUUGGACUUGCAGUUCUGUUUGGAAGACCUUGAGACUGUCAAAAUCAUCGGACACGGAAGUGGAGCAGCUGUUAAACUUGCUCGUCGCAAAGAUACCGGAGCAUUAUUCGCUGUAAAGGGGAUCCAUCUGAAUUUUGACGAGAAAGUUCGUAAACAAAUAGUGCAGGAGCUGAGAAUAAAUCAAACAGCGAAGUGCCCUUACAUCGUGUCUUGGUACCAAUCCUUUUACCACGACGGUAUUAUCUCUCUUGUUUUAGAGUACAUGGAUCGCGGAUCUCUUUCAUGUAUACUUAAACAACUCCGCAAAAUAAAUGAGCCAGAAUUGUCUAUUAUUUGCAAGCAGGUGUUGAGAGGACUCGUCUAUCUCCACAACGAAAGGCGCAUAAUUCAUAGGGAUAUAAAACCAUCCAAUCUGUUGGUUAAUAAGAGAGGCGAAGUGAAGAUAGCGGACUUUGGUGUGAGCGCAAUGCUUGCGAGAUCUAAAGAAGAGCGAAUUACUGUCACAGGAACGUGCAAUUACAUGUCGCCUGAGCGCAUCAGUAAUGCAAAAUACGGUUAUAAAAGUGAUAUAUGGAGUCUAGGCUUGGUUAUACUUGAGUGCGCCAUUGGCCGCUUUCCCUAUGUACCUUCCGAGGAAGAAGGUUGGUCUAACAUCUACGAACUGCUUGAAACUAUCGUCAAUCAACCGCCGCCUUCUGCAACUGAUGAAUUCUCGCCCGAAUUCCGCUCAUUUAUAUCAUCCUGCCUACAAAAGGAUCCAAAGAGAAGAAUGUCAUCUUUGCAACUUCUGGGCCAUCCGUUCAUCGAAAAGUACAAUGAAGAAAGCAUCGAUCUUCAAAGUCUUGUCAGCGACCUACAAUCUCCGAAUAAUACAGGGGACCGUAAAUGUAACAUAGCCUUUCGAGCUUCUGAUAUAACUAUUCAUCAGAUAGCAUAGCAGCAAAUGAGCCAUACUCAUUCGCAUUUUCACUCCGGUGAUCAUUACCUGCCUAUCGAAGUUUACGUGGCCAAUAUUUUGUAGCAGUUCAUACUUGUAUGCUAGAGAAACAUCGAUGAAGCAAGAAAGAAGGAAAGAAAAGUAGGAGAAAAGGAAGAGGAAAGUAAGUAAAGAAAUAUGAAGAACAAUGCAGGGAUUGAGAAAAAAAGUAGUAGGAUACAUAAGAAUUUGGAAUUAACUGCCUAAAAUAGUAAAGCGGAAAUGACAAAUGUUGUGUAUCUUGAGAAUUUCUUUAUCAUUAUUAUUUUUAAUGGGCUGAGCCCAUAUGUUCAUAUGUUAUGUUGGACUCUGAAAUGCUAGCAACAAUUCAAAAAAUAUCUAUCAA